AUGUCUGCCACCACCCUCUUCCGCCGCGCCGCCGCCGCGCCGCGCAUCGCCCGCGCCUUCAGCACCUCCCCCUCUCACAACGUCGCGCGCAUCACCAUCGUUGGCAACCUCGCCGACACCCCCGAGCUCCAGCCCACCAGCACCGGCCGCGAGAUCCUCAAGUACGCAGUCGCGAGCAACAGCGGCCCCAAGGACAACCGCCAGACCAGCUGGUUCCGCGUCACCAGCUUCGAGCCCGAGGGUCCCCGCCGCGACUUCCUCCAGAGCCUGCCCAAGGGAUCUCUGGUCUUCGUCGAGGGCGAUGCCUCCAUGAGCACCUACCAGGACGCCGAGGGCAAGACCCGCAGCUCCCUGAACGUUGUCCAGCGCAAUAUUGAGGUCCUCAGACGCCCUCAGACCGGCACCAACGCCAGCGAGUAA